AUGUGGCCGCUUCCUCCCUCCUCCACUUCCUGCAGUAGUUGUUGUGCCGCCGCCGCCGCCGCACCGUGAAAACAUGGCGACCGCCGCCACCGGAGACGACCUGAAGAGAGAGCUGUCGUGCGCGAUCUGCCUGGACUUCUUCAAGGACCCCGUCAUCCUCAAGUGCGGUCACAACUUCUGCCGCUUCUGCAUCUGCAUGCACUGGGACGAGAAUGGCGGAGACUACGGGUACCAGUGCCCCCAGUGCCGGACGGUGUUCAACAAGAGGACCUUCACCAAGAACUACCUGGUGCAGAACCUGGUGGCCAAGCUGGACGACCUGGAGUGUCUGGGCUCCAGCUCGGCACUGCCCAAGCCCGUGAAGGUGGACGGCAAGUGCGAGCAUCACGGCGAGGAGCUGAAGCUCUACUGCCAGACUGACAAGAGGCCCAUCUGUGUGGUUUGCCGGGAGUCCAGAGCACACAGACUCCAUCAGGUGGCGCCGGUGACAGAAGUUGUAAAUGACAUGAAGAUGGAGUUGAAGCUGAGUCUAAUGGAGUACAACUGGCAGAAGUCUCAAUGUGUGAAAGUUAUUGCGGCUGAUGAGCGCACCAAAAGUGAAGUGCGGUUGAAGAAACAGAGACUCAAGGAGAAGAUUGAGGCGGACGUCGGCGCUCUGGUCCAGUUUCUGCUAGACGAGAGGGACUCGCUGCUCGAGAGCCUGGACGCCGAGGAAGUGGCCACCAUGGCCGUCCUGGACGACAACCUGAAAACUGUGGAGACGGAGGCGGCCGCUGUGGACAGAACCUUAUCUGAUAUCCACAGCCACAUCAGUGGGAAAAGUAGCUUUGAGAACAUUGCUAAGACAUUCAAUGAAGUCAUCCAAUGCAAGCCUUUUGCAUCCCUCGAGCCAGUCAACUGUCAGAUUGAGUUUACAGACUUCUCGGGGCCCUUCCAGCUCAUCAUGUGGAAGAAGAUGAUGCACGUGCUGCACACCAUGCCUCAGAACCUCACCUUGGACCCGGACACCGCUCACCCGAACCUGUACAUCUCGGACUUCGACACCAAGGUGGAGGAGGGCCGCAUCCGCAGCCAGGAGCCGGAAAUGCCGGGCCGCUUCACCCGCUUCUGCGGCGUGCUCGCCUUGCCCGAGUACGCCGGCGGCCAACACUACUGGGAGGUCGACGUGAGGGACAAGGGCGUGUGGUACCUGGGCGUCACCACGCUGUCCAGCAACAGGAAGGGCUUCGUCAGCCUCACCCCGUCCGCUGGAUACUGGAGCCUGUGUCUGCAGGACCGGCUGUACGCCAACGAGGAGGACGGGCGUAUCCUGGUCGCCGACUACUGGAACUCCCCCCGCGUCGGCGUGUACCUGGACUAUGACCACGGGCGCCUUAGUUUCUACGAUGCCGUCACGAUGAAGAGACUGUACAUGUUCGACACCUGCUUUGAGGAGCCCGUCAGCCCUUUCUUCAGCCCGGGGAAAAACGACCCGGGCAGCCGGCUGCAGAUAUGCCACUAUUACUGAGAGCGCAGCGACGGCGUCCUUCUAAGCUAAUUGUGUAAGAGUCAACCUGUGUAUGCCAGUGUUUCCUGAUUUGCUGUCGGCAAUGUUUUAAGGGUUUAGACACGCACUGUAGGCUUACACCCCCCUGACUGCUCUGCAGCGGGGGGCUCGGAGAGGUGCUCUGCUGUUUUUAUAUCACCGUGUCUGGCGGGAUACAGACGCCUCGCAUGCUCUUGGCGAUUAGAGCUUUACUGUACAUAAAACAAAAUGUUUGGCCAAGUUUACUCCAGGCAGGGUCGGUGCUCCUGCCCCGCCGGGUAGACCCUUGAGAUAUCACAUUGAUACUUGUUGCCAGUUUUAAGAUUCCCCUCAUUCAUUUUAGACUGAAGAAGAGUCGCUCUGUGCCGACGGUGGAUCAGAAUCGCGUGAGCCAAAUGUGUUCGUCUUUUUACUGCGAUUUCUGCUCUCGGAGGAUGAUUUGACCUCCAGGAACCAACGGCUCAGGUUGUUAGUUUUGUUGAUUUCAACAUCAGAACAGAUAAUUUUAACUUUUUUAAAAUCAUCUUUACUCAUCCUUUUAUUUAUUUUUUUUAAAUUCUGCACACUUUCACUUCUCUGUGGUAUUGCUCUGCGUCACUUUUCACUGCUUGUUUUUGUGAGCAGUCUUACUGAUGGCGUGUUUAGCUUUUGUUUACGCCUGCAUUUGUCCCUUAAUAUAUGACUGGUUGAACCUGUAGUUGUUGUAAAAUACAUUCCAUCACAGUCAGGAUUCGCCUCCAUGAGCUUGGGGGACUGGACUAAAACAAAAAGCUUAAUCUGAAAAAAAUGAAUAUUUGGACAAUUGUAUGAAUUUUUGUCCUUUUUUUUCCUUCUUAAAUGUACGAUUUACACAUUCUGAAGAUUAUAAUCGUCAUGGAUUUUUAUUUUUUUGCUUCUGCACUCGCCAUCUUACACAGUCAGUGAUAAUAUUUGAGGAGACCAACGGUCGAUCUCAAAAGACUGCUUUUUAUUUUCCUCAAAUGUUGUCUCCAAAAUGCUGUACCUCAGUUAAUACCUAUACAUUUAAGCUGAUUUUCACUUGUGUUCAGCUACGCCGUUUUUUGAGAUGUCUUAUUAAGUGUGACAUAAAAAAAUGAUCUUGGUAAA